AUGGGAGCUAAACUUUCAAAAGCAUUCGAUAAAGCAAAGGAGAAUAAGGAAAUAAAGAUCGAUUUAACAGGUAAAGGAAUAGAAGAUUUACCACCCAACAUCGGUACCGUCGAAACUCUGACUCAUUUGAAUCUCAGUAGAAAUGAACUAAGAAAAUUACCAUCAACCAUUGGUAACCUUAGAAAUUUAACAUUUUUAAGUUUAUUCCAAAAUCAAUUGAAAGAGUUACCACAUGAAAUUACACAGUUGACAAAUUUGGAAACAUUGAAUCUCAGUAUUAAUAAGUUACCAGCGUUACCACGUGGAUUCGGAUCGUUCAAUCAUCUCUUCUUCUUGGAUCUCUCGUACAACAAGCUGACAGAGGUACUCGAAGACGAAGCAAAGCGUGGUCCAGAAGUAUUAAUCAAAUAUCUUAAAUCCGAUGCCUAUGAUACUAUUUAUUAUAGAGAAACAGGAAAAGCAAGACCACCAACUACAACCUUAACAAACUCUGCAACAACAACUACAACAACAACACCAGCAGCAGCAACAACCACAUCAUCACCAUAA